GAGCAAAGUUGGUGAUCUUCGAGGGCUCUGACGUAUGGUGAACUGCGCAUGCGCUUUGACAGAACCUGUCGCUCUUUAAUCUCACAGCAGAAUGGAUCCUCCGGUUGUGGUUCUACGCUUGCAGACUUGACGGAAGCCUCGUAUCUUCCACACUAAAACUCGACAUGGGAAAAGGCUGUAAAGUUGUGGUGUGCGGCCAGGCGGCUGUUGGAAAAACUGCUAUUCUGGAACAGCUGCUGUACGGAAACCACACUGUAGGGUCAGAGUCUAAUGAGACACAGGAGGACGUGUAUGUGGCCUCUGUGGAAACCGACCGAGGUGUCAAGGAACAGCUCAGGCUCUAUGACACCAAGGGACUGAAUGAUGGACAAGACCUCCCUAAGCACUAUUACUCAGUGGCAGACGGCUUUGUGCUUGUUUACAGUGUUGACAGCUUGGAGUCUUUCAAGAGGGUGGACAUUCUGAAGAAAGAAAUAGAUAAGUCCAGAGAUAAAAAAGAGGUGAUGGUCAUAGUGCUGGGGAACAAAACAGACCUGCGGGAGCGUCGUCAGGUAGACCACGAGGCAGCACAGCAGUGGGCGCGAGGCGAGAAGGUGAAGCUGUGGGAGGUGAGCGUCACUGAACGCACCUCGCUCAUCGAACCGUUCACCCAGCUCACCAGCCGCCUCACGCAGCCUCAGAGCAAGUCGGCCUUCCCUCUGCCUGGACGUAAAAGCAAGGGGACCCCAUCCAAUGACAUCUGACACACACGCUCCUUCCUGCGUUCACUCCCAGCAGCGCGCUGUGGGCGGGAUGUUGGUUUAGCAGUGGGACUCGUUUAACCGUUUGGGAUUUUUGCUUGAUGACAUAAUUGAUGGCCUGCUUCAAGUACGGCCCUGGAGGAAGGAUGUGGUUACACAGGAACACAUCUGAUACAGGAAUGUACAGUUUCUCUUUUUUAGCUUUUUAAGUGGUAACGACACGCUGGAAAUAUUUAGUAGGUUAUACAUCUUUCCAGCACUGCUGCAUUCACUGAUCUCUGUACCUGCGCAGAGGCUCAGAAAACAUUUUAUGUAUUUUUAUUUGAAUAGUUGUUUCUUCUGACUGCAGUUUCUCGUGCUUACAUUGAUCAUACGUCUGCCAAGUUUGGGAACUGUGCCUGCUGUCGAUGAAACUACAGAUGGAUGCAGCCUCUAUGACAUCACCGCUUUAUCAAGUCUCAUUAUGAAGCCGUAGAUGAGUGUUUUUGCUGUCAGUUCCUUAGGAUUUUGAACUAAGGUGGUGACAGCGAGAAGUGGAGCUCACUGUAACACCUCAUUGGCUUACAUGAUUGGCAAGUAGUUUGCCAAUGAGCUAGAAUAAUCAGAUUUUUAAACAGGUUAUGUGUCCAAUAUGAAGUGAAACGCAGUCAUCCAGAAGGUGUUUAUGGUCACAGACGGCUCUUUUCCAGGAAUCAGUGUCAUGAAAAAGAUCGCAGGUUUGAGGCCACGACCGUCGUUCAUGCUGUUUAUGAUUAAAACCUGUGCUCACACUUGUUCGUCCUUUGAGUUAGGCACCUUUUGUAUGCUUGAAUGAUUCAUAGAUCAGUGUUAAGUGGCUUAACAAACAUUCCUCUGAAAAUAGCAGAUCUGAAGAAAACUUUGUAAGAACUUCAGGAAACCAUGAACGAUCGCUCAGGAGUCUUGCUCCAAAGAAAAAGAGGGGGGGGGUUCAGACCUUUGCACGGUACUUUAUAUCUGGAGCCAAAAAUGUCAGAAACAUCUUUGCUGUGUUGCUUAAAACUGCUCCUGUGAUGAUGAGAUGUUCCGUUGGAUUGAUCGAUCCAUUAUCGUCUGUACCUGUUACCAUGGACAGUGACUUU